AUGGCUGCUCCCGAAGUUCACCACUUGUUCCACAACCCAAUCGCCGACCAUUCCUUCUCGACCGAUCACAGCGUCCUCGCCGUGGCACGGGACACGACCAUCGAGCUCUACGGCAAGGUCGGAAACGCCUUCAAGCUCAAGGAUGAGCUCAAGGGGCACGACAAGACGGUGACCAGCGUCGAUAUUGCACCCAGCAGCGGCCGCAUCGUGACUUGCUCGCAAGAUCGCAAUGCCCUCGUCUGGGAGCCCUCGCCGACCGGAUACAAGCCCACGCUCGUACUGCUGCGCAUCAGCCGGGCGGCGACGUUUGUGCGGUGGUCGCCGUCCGAGACCAAGUUCGCCGUCGGUUCUGGCGACCGCGUCAUCGCCGUGUGCUACUUUGAAGAGGAAAACGACUGGUGGGUGUCGAAGCACCUGAAGAAGCCGAUCCGCAGCACCAUUACCAGCGUCGCGUGGCACCCCAACUCGGUGCUGCUCGCCGCCGGCUCGACCGACGCCCACGCGCGCGUCUUCUCCGGCUUCAUCAAGGGCAUGGACGCCAAGCCCGAGCCGAGCGUCUGGGGCGAGCGCCUGCCCUUCAACACGGUCUGCGGCGAGUUCCUCAACAAUUCAGCUGGGUGGGUGCACGCCGUCGCCUUUUCGCCGAGCGGCGACGCGCUCGCGUUUGCAGCCCACGAUAGCAGCAUCACCGUUGUGUACCCCACGGGCCCGGACCAGCCGCCGCGCGCCGUGCUGACGAUUGCGACGCAGCUGCUGCCCUUCAAGAGCCUUCUGUGGAGUGCAGAGGACGAAAUCAUUGCUGCCGGCUACGACUGCGAGCCGUUCCGCUUCCACGGCGGCGAGGCUGGCUGGGAGUUGGCCGGUACCGUCGAGGCUAAGGGAGCCGGUACCGGCGGCGCGCAGCGCGAGGAGUCGGCGCUCAACAUGUUUCGGCAGAUGGAUCUCAAGGGCAAGACUAAGGAUGACACGCAGCUUAAGACUACUCACCAAAACACCAUUACUAUGAUCCGCUCCUAUGAGUCGUCGGGUGGCCGAGUCACCAAGUUCACCUCCAGUGGUGUUGACGGCCGUGUCGUUAUUUGGAACGCUUAG